GCAGGAAGAAGCAACAUCAACCGCACGAACCCCAAUGUAUGUCCGUAAGUCUCUAACGUAGUCGACAGGGACUACAUGUUCAGCUUGCUGUCAAAGUCUUGUCCUGCCGAUCAUGGCUGAAUUUUAUGCUUCGAUGUGGAGUGAUAGUAAUGAGGCCGCAGCCGCCGUGGGGAGACAGCUUCUUGGCACAAGAAUGAGUAGCAUGUAUUUAGUUCAGUUCUUUUCGAGCGGAAAUAAUAUCAUUCCUGUAGUACAUUCGUCUCGCUUUUAUCGAUAUCUGAUGAUGCCGUCACAGCAGAUGAACAACAACCCCGUUACUCUAAACCAGCCAUGCAGGUUUUGUAAAGUCCUCGAGCUCAAUGAUUCAUCCUUCAGUGGAGAGUCCAAGAUCAGUGACAAUGGAACUCCCUUUCUCGACUUUGGUGAAAUCAAGCAGACCAAAUAGGAUAGAGAAGCACAAACUAGGGCUAGACAUUAACGUGCAAGAAUAGCUUUGAGCUUUGCAAUGCAGAAUGCUGAUGCAGAGGCGCCAAAGACCGUUCCAAAGACCGAAUUGAAGCUUGAUUACGCUAGGAGUGAUGCGCUGCCCG